GUGUGGGUCACGUUAAGGGUCACGGUGUACCAACAUCUCUGCGGCCGAAUCGCCGGUGUGACCGGUUCCGACGUGGUGAGGAUGGGACAGUGCCAUGUGGUGCCGUGCUACAGCUUGAUGGAGUCCUCCUACGACGUGAAUUACCUGAUCCGCGGCCACGACGGGGACCACGCGGGCGCCGGCGCCUUUGGGGAAGUCCGCAGGUGCACCCACCGCGCAAGCCAUGCGAGCCGAUGCGUGAAGACCAUUCCCAAGAAGGAUUGUUGGACCCGGGGCUAUGUCUUGGAGGAGAUCGAGCUCUUGGAGAUGGUCUCGGGGAAGCACCCGAACAUCGUUCGCUUCUUCGAGUUCUUCGAGGAGUGGGACUGCUUACAUCUCAUCUUCGAGUUUUGCCCUCGUGGCAGUUUGGAUCAAGUGAUCCACUCCAGCAGCUUUCAAGCAGGUGGUGAUGAGCUGGUGGCAAAGCUGGUUUGCCAGGUCGCAAGCGCCUUGGACUUCCUGAAAGAGUUGGCCAUUGUCCACCGCGACGUGAAGCCUGGGAACUUGCUCUUCGAAGAGGACCAGGUGAAGUUGGCAGACUUCGGUUGCGCCUGUCUCGCGCCCGAGCCCUUGGAGGAGCCGAUGGGGACGCCGAUCUUCUGGGCGCCGGAAGUACAUCAACUCCCUCGAGGGAAGGGCUAUCACUUUCCUGUGGACAUGUGGGCCUUGGGCAUUUGCUUCUACAUGAUGCUCUACCAAGGUGUCCAUCCCUUCCUGCAGAAGGGCUUCCUCAGGCGGAAGGACGUGCAGAGCGGGACCUUCGACGCCAGCUGGUUCACAAGCUGGUAUGCAAAGGAUUUACUGGAGUGGAUGCUGAUGCCACACCCCGCACAGCGCCUCUGCCCCAACGAGGUGCCGGAACAUCCUUGGUGCUCCUCCUUCGGCCUCGGGAAGAGCAGCUUUGCUCGCACCGUUCGCCGGAAGAUCAUCUUGGACAGUCACGGGAACUGGAUAUAGGUAUCUUUGGAGGACUCUUGACUGGAGGUCAUCCAAGGAGCCGUGACCCAGAAUUCGCGAAUUCGUUCUUAGCGACCCAAAGAUUUGAAGGUCGGCGAAGGAUGGGGCAGAAGGCCCACUGCCAAAGUCAGAGGAAAGUCGAAUUGGACCUGCUUGGUUGGGCGCUGGAUUUGUUGAGGGAUUAGUUGGUUGCAUGAUGCCUGACUUCCUUGUUGCUUGGUUGGUUGGUUGAUUGUAGUUCACUGCUCUUUCAUGCACUGAAGAACCACUUGUGAACGGCUGCUUGCCAAUCAAAGAAAAACAGGAUUCGGAUUGAAGAAAAAGUUGUAGGUGGCAGAUUCUCUGAUUUUUGAUGCAAAGUCGACUCGGAACUUGACUCGGAUUGCAAGGAGUUCCUCAUAUCAGACAAUCAGGUGAGGACACAAGCCCUCCCAAAAAAAGGCUGCCCGCGGAACAACCGCUGUCCAGCAAACGGCCUUCCAUUUUUCGAAGCCGGCAACUCUCAGCCUCAAGC